ACAAAAACAAUUAUUUCGUCCCCGUUGUUAACCUUAAGAGCAACGGGUGAUGGCGUGCGAGCCAAACCCUAGUUCCAUCGAUCAUUAAGAAACCCUAAAAUCCCUAGUUAGACUUUUGAAACUUCCUGAUUUGCAUUGCGUAGAAGUGGCCGCAGGGGAGAGGAGAGGAGAGGAGAGGAGAAAAGAAAAUGGUGAGCGGAUCAGGGAUCUGUGCCAAGGCAGUGGUGGUGGACGCGCGCCACCACAUGCUUGGACGCCUCGCCUCCAUUCUGGCCAAGGAGCUGCUCAAUGGCCAACGAGUGGUGGUUGUGCGAUGUGAAGAGAUCUGUUUGUCAGGUGGACUUGUUCGCCAGAAGAUGAAGUACCUCCGCUUUUUAAGAAAGAGAAUGAAUACAAAGCCAUCUCAUGGCCCCAUUCAUUUUAGGGCACCUUCCAGAAUUCUUUGGAGGACAAUUAGAGGAAUGAUUCCACACAAGACUAAGCGAGGUGAGUUAGCACUGGCUAGGCUAAAGGCUUAUGAAGGAGUUCCUCGCCCAUAUGACAAGACAAAGAGAAUGGUCAUCCCAGAUGCAUUAAAAGUUCUGAGGCUUCAACCUGGCCACAAGUACUGUCUGCUAGGAAGGCUUUCUCAUGAAGUUGGCUGGCAUCAUUAUGACACUAUCAAGGAAUUGGAGGAGAAGAGAAAGGCAAGGUCUCAGGUGGCAUAUGAAAGGAGGAAGCAUUUGGCAAAAUUGAGAGCAAAAGCAGAGAAGGCAGCUGAUGAACAGCUUGGCAGUCAGACACAGAUUUUAGCUCCAAUAAACUAUUAGACAUGCUGUCAUAUACUUGCCCUAAGCAAUCAAUUUUGAGAGUGACUAAAAGUAAUUUUUUUUUACCACCUGAGUUAAAGAUUCACUUAUCGAACGAUUUUUUAUAAGCUUGUCUGGUAAUGUUCAUGUCUAGGGCAAUUUUUGAUAUUCUGUUCUUUUCUGUAUACAUUAUUGGAGUGAAAUUUAACUCCCAGCUUGGUUCAGUCCUUUUUUAUUAUAGUUUAAUCAAUUUGUUUGGGUUACUCAGACUGUAGCUUUUUUGCAUCAUUUCAACUGAGCAAUUUAUGUUGAAGAUUUGUCAAUAUUGUGUUGCUGGCAUACAACUUAAGAUGGCAGUGUAACUGGCUUGUUUAUUCAGUUUUUGGUAAUGAAAAAUUGCUGCUUAUAUGCUUUUUAAGA